AACUCCACAGUCAGAGGAGCACUCUCGAUACAUGGUUCCAACCCUCAAUAUUUGAUAGAAAAAGUCAUCCGAGCUAGAAUAUACGAUUCUUUAUAUUGGAAAGAACAUUGUUUCGCUCUUAAUGCCGAAUCAAUCAUAGAUAAAGCUAUAACACUCCAUGCUAUAGGAGGAACAUACGAUCGUCAAACUCCUACUCCGUUCAUUUGUUUGACUUUGAAAUUAUUACAAUUACAACCGGAGAAAGAAAUCUUGAUGGAAUAUUUAUUGGCAGAGGAGUUCAAAUACCUUCGAGCUCUAGCUGCUUUAUACAUACGUCUCACUUUCCGUUCCAUGGAUGUAUACGAAAUACUCGAACCUUUGAUGAAAGAUUAUCGAAAAUUACGUAUCCGGCAUCCUGGUGGUUAUUCUCUGACUUACUUUGAUCAAUUUAUAGAUGAUCUUUUGAAAGAAGAAAGAGUAUGCGAUAUUAUUCUUCCUCGU